CCUCGCCCCUGCUCCAGCCCCGCCCCCUCCCCAGCCCGAGGGUCCCCUGGACUAGCCCGGGCUUGUCCUGGUGGCUGAGGCCUCGGGAGACGGAGGGAGCUGCAGCUGUUGGGCCCCCGCGACUCUGGUGGCUUGGAGAGUGAGGCAGAGCCAGAAGGCACUGAAGCCCCCUGACUAGUGGAGCUGCUUCAAGACAGGUUGCUGAGAAUGAUGGGAAGCACAUGUAGAAUGAAAUACAAAUUUUUGGAAAGCCCUUUGGGAAGAAUAGAAAUUUCAGGAUGUGAAGCUGGGGUGCAUGGAAUAAACCUUCUGGAAAAAAUGGUUCAAAGACCUGACAGCCACUGCCGUGGAGCCCCCCUUUCUGGAGAAGGGCUUGAGGGUCCAGAGGAAACACCCCCUGCAUUGGAUGAGUGUGCUGCCUGGCUGGAGGCCUAUUUCUCUGCUCCGGAGACAGUGGAAGAUCUCCCUCUGCCCGCCUUCCAUCAUCCCCUCUUCCAGCAAGAUUCUUUUAGAAGACGGGUGUUGUGGACGCUGAUGACGACGGUGAAAUUGGGCAACACCAUUUCCUACCAGCAGCUUGCGGCCCUGGUGGGGAAGAGCGGAGCCGCCAGAGCCGUCGGGGGAGCCAUGAGGGACAACCCAGUCCCAAUCAUCAUUCCGUGCCACCGAGUGAUCUGUAGCAGUGGAAAAAUUGGCAACUACACGGGCGGAGUGGGCGUGAAGGAGUGGCUUCUGGGCCACGAGAAGCAUGCAAAAGGAAAGUAGGCUGAGUAAGGCUGCCCACCACCAGGGCCGGGCCCAGCACAGAGUGCAGCUUUGCUGCCAGAUCACAACAGAAUUUAACGGGGAGUUGGGGGGUGGGGAGAGAUAAAUAUUUGAGGGUUACCCAGAUAGAAUGCAGCAUCCAAGGGCUGUGGGCCAGGAUGGAGUGGCACCCUAGGUUAAACAAGUGGGCUGGCUCCCAGAGGACCCCACCACUGCCCCCUUCCUGGCAGAGUAAGUCCAGCAAUCAGCGCCUGGCAUUACUGCUGUAUUUUGUUCCCAUUUCCAGCCCUGUUUUUGUUCUAUUUUAAUGCCCAUUAAAGCAAGGAUAAGGGAGUAGGAGGGGCCCAGAUUGAGGGGUGCCCUGGCCCCUUGAAGGAAGCAUCUGGCUCACCAAGGAGGCAGCCGGGAGCCAAAGAACCGGCAGAAGCUGCCACACAUGCCCCUGGUUCCUGCUCCCCCUCGUGUUUGUGCAGGCUGGAAAGCUGUCCCUCUGCCAGAAGCUCUGCCCAAGAUUCCCCUGCUUUCUUUGAGGUUUGAGCUGUGGAAACGGUGUUUUCCAUAAACAGCCCUCGGUGCCGCCCCUUCAGAAGGAAAUCUCCAGUGAAUCACCCACUCCCGGAGGCGUUGCAACAGUAGCCAUCGAUGGCAUUGCCCAAAAGCCCUCCUGUAUGAGCGCGGUGGGGCAGGGAGGGGUAGGUGGCUGCUCACUGGGCUCUGCCAAUGUCUGUUGCAUUUGAGGUGUUCAGGGUUCAACUUUCUGAGAAAUAAAGCUUUACGCCCAGG